AUGUCAGGUAUACUACCAUAUGUAGAGGAUACAGUACCCUCUAAACUAAAACGAGGGAAAUAUACUGAAAAAUCAGAUCAUCACGAUUCACCAUAUCAACCGCCAACAACAACAUCACUUUCCUAUGAUCAAGUAAAUGAUAAUGCCGAUGAAUUAAUAGAACUCAGAGGAGAAGGAAGAUACUUUGGAGUAACCGACCCAUCAAACCCCUCUCAAGCAUUAGGCCCUAUCUGUGCAAAUUGUCAUAAAAGAGGUCAUUUGCGUGCUAAAUGUAAAACAGUAAUUUGUCAUAAAUGUGGAAUUGUUGGUGAUCAUUAUGAAACUCAUUGUCCUACAACUUUAAUAUGUGCAAGAUGUGGUGAAAAGGGGCAUAUUGCAAUCAACUGUAGUAGUAAAGUUAAAAAAAGACUGUAUUGUCGAAAUUGUGAUACAUUUACUCAUGGUGAUGAAAAUUGUCCAAGUAUUUGGAGAUCAUAUUUAACUAAACGUGAAACUGAUAAUGAUGAAAAUAAUGAAUGUCUGGCAUUACCGGUUAUUUAUUGUUAUAAUUGUGGAGAUAAUGAACAUUAUGGUGAUGAAUGUCCAAAAUAUAGAACUUCAAGAAUACCAAAUGUAGGUUCAGCAUUUAGUGGAAGUAAUUUACCUAGAAAAUUCCGUCCAUUAUAUUUUUCAAGACUUAAGAGUAAGAGUAAUAUUGGUACUAGUAGUAGUAGAGGAGGAAAUGAUAGUUAUUAUAGACCAGAAAGUGCAGUUACAGAUUAUCAAAGUGAUUAUUCCCUGGGUACAAGAAAUUACUUCAGCAACAACAACAACGAUUAUCUGAAUUCAUUUGGACAAUAUGAAUUGAAUAAUAAUUAUAAUAAUAAAAUGCCAAGUCGAUCAGGAUAUAUGCCACCAGCAACAGUCAAAGGAAAUAAUAGUGCAAGCAUGCAUAAAGCUAAUAGUUUUAAUGGCAGACCAAUAACAAAUUUUAGUUUACCUACAAGAAGUGGAACUAUUCGAAAGAUUGUUUCUAUGGACUACGGUGAUAAUAAUAAUAACAAUAAUAAUAAGCCAAAGCAGAAGCAAAAUCAUAAUAAUAAUAAUGGAGGUAUAAAUAAACCAAAGCAAAAGAAACAGGGAAAGAAAUCUUCAAGGCAAGAUCUUAAUGGUCCAACUAGAUCGGGGUUGAUUACAGAAAGUGGUGGUAAUAAAAAGAAGCCUGCAAGAUUUAUGAGAUAUUAG